GUGUCCAUCAUCUGUUUGAUAUUAAAGAAGAGGUUUCCCAUGAACGGAGCCCGAUUGAAGACUCGGACUUCUUCCAGGAACGCUGCAUUGGCCAGGAUGGACUGCAGGAGGAUGACACACGUGCAACAGCUCCCAGAACCUUUCCGAUGCCAAUAUUCAGUGUUGCGUCCCGCAAUGCAUUGCAACGCCUCAAAUUUGAACAGAGAGAAAAAAUCAAAUUCUGCGUGAAAACCAAGAUAUCUGUGAAGAAAACCUUCCAAAUGCUUCAGGAAGUUUACGGCAGCAAAGCAAUGAGCCGAUCAAGAUGCAAGGAUUGGUAUUUGCGUUUCAAAAAUGGCAGAACAUCCGUCGAUGAUGAAAUCAGGUCAGGGCGACCCAGCACGAGCACAACUCCCAAGCACAUCCGAGAAAUCGAUCAACUUGUGCGCCAGGAUUUCCGGAUCUCUCUGAGGGAGAUUUCUGCCAUUCUCAACGUGUCAUUCGGAACGGUCCAGGCGAUCCUGACGUCCACUUUGAACCUGCACCAAGUGGCUAACAAGCUUGUGCCCAGGCUACUGACUCCCGAGCUGAAGCAGUAUCGUUUACGAGCCUGCGAGGAUCUCCGUCAACAGACGCGAGAUGACCCAACGUUCAUGUCCCGGAUCAUAACUGGCGAUGCAAGCUGGGUGUACGGCUGCAAGCCUGGAAAAGCAAGGAGGGUGAAUCCGACAAGGAGCCAGUUCAAGGUCAAGCUCAUCGUCUUCUUUGACAUUCACGGGGUGGUGCAUCGGGAAGUUGUUCCCGACGGUCAGGCGGUUGAUGCUCCGUUCUACCUCAGCGUUAUGACGCGUCUCAGGAAGAACAUCGAGGCCAAACGACCUGAACUGUGGCAGAAAGGCGACUGGCUGCUCCAUCACGACGACACACCCGCCCACGACGCACUGAAAGAGUGCCAUUAUUUCUGCUACACCGACACAAAUCUCAUUCUUCACCCACAGCACUCACCAGAUUUGGCCCCCUGCGACUUCUUCCUCUUCCCCAAAAUCAACGCCAAGUUGAGGGGACAUUUUUUUGACACGGUGGAAGAGCUCCAGCAUGCGUCACUGAUAGUACUGGAUUCACUGGGAGAAGAGGACUUCCGCAGAGCUUUCAGAGCGUGGCAGCAGCGCUGGGUGUGGUGUGCUGCUGUGCAAGGCAACCGCUUUGCAGCUGAUGGUGGCCAGAUUUGAAUUGAAUACAUAUUU